UUUUCAAGGUCAAAGGUUGCGCCGAUACUCGCAUGCACGAUGAAGUGAGAGCGGUUCUUAUGAAAAACAUUGCAUUUGUUAUCCACGGUAUACAUUGACUGGAGCAAAAGUAGACCAAACAAGUCACCAAAAUGCUCUUCUAUUCAUUCUUCAAAUCUCUGGUGGGCAAAGACGUAGUAGUCGAGUUGAAAAAUGAUCUCAGCAUCUGUGGAACAUUACACUCCGUGGACCAGUUUCUCAACAUCAAACUCUCAGACAUCAGCGUGACCGAUCCAGAAAAAUAUCCACACAUGCUAUCGGUUAAGAAUUGCUUCAUCAGAGGUUCAGUAGUGAGGUAUGUGCAACUGCCGGCAGAUGAGUGUGACACACAGCUUCUUCAAGAUGCAGCCAGGAAAGAAGCGGCACAGAGUAAACAGUAGCAGCGGCUGAUGACAUCAUCUUUGUACAUAUUAUGAGACUUUUUUGUAAACUAAUUUGUUGGAUUGGCUUCAUAGCGGGGUUUAAAAAAAAAACAUGUGAAGGAUGUCAAGAUAAACCUUCAGUCCAUAUUUGACAGGCGUGGGUGAAGUACAGUGCUCAUGGUUUUGGGUUAGCCAGGAUUUGGUAAAAGGGUUUCAAAAUUUGCUGGAAACUUAGAAACUGGGUGUCAAAAAUCACAUUUAUAAUUUUUAUAUGUAAAUUACAGGGUGUCCAAAAGACACACCUCUGCCUGAUUCUAUGUACAGGGCACAAUUUCAUGACUCUGUUCACUGCUUACCACGAAUUUCUGCGCUUAUGCCCUGCUGUGACCUCUUUGGAAUGUGCACAUUACAGGGUGUGGCAAGCGAAGAAAUCGUCAUUAGAAGCAGCACCAUGAAAUUGGGGCCAGGUUAGGCAUUGUUGUUAGUUCAUCAGUCAGCAAUUCUGUUAAAAGCAAAGUGACCUUUUUGCAAUGUUCUUCAAAGCCAAUGUUAAAUUGUGGGAAGUUUUGGGACAGAAUGACACACAUAAUAACACGAUCACAAAUGCCUUUAAAAUAAGUUCACCUAUUUUUAUUACAUAGUUUUCUCUGAUGAAUACAUGUAUAUUGAAUUGACCUUUCAAGUUCCUGAAAGAAAAUUCCAUUUACAUGCACACCAUGGGGACUUUUGAUCAUGCAUAUUCAUGACCAUGACCUUGUAGUUCUAGGCACAUUCCUGUUGUACUAACAAUACACAAGUACAUUUAUUUAAACCUGGUUUUGAAGAGGACAUUUGUUAUUUAAAGGUAUUUUCCUUUGCCAUGUGUGAAAUUAAGUUAUCUAUGACAGGUUUGAUUUGUAUGAAAUAAAGACCACUUUCAUGUACUUCCA